CUUAUAUUGGUGAUCAGUGGGAAGAAUGCUCCUUACAUUAGUGUUUAGUGGGAAGAAUGCCCCUUAUGUUGGUGGUCAGUAGGAAGAAUGUUCCUUACAUUGGUGGUUAGUGGAAAGAAUGUUCCUUAUAUUGGUGAUCAGUGGAAAAAUGCCCCUUACAUUGGUGGUUAGUGGAAAGAAUGUUCCUUAUAUUGGUGGUCAGUGGGAAGAACGUUCCUUAUAUUGGUGGUCAGUGAGAAGAAUGUUCCUUAUAUUGGUGGUCAGUGAGAAGAAUGUUCCUUAUAUUGAUGGUCAGUGAGAAGAAUGUUCCUUAUAUUGGUGGUCAGUGGGAAGAAUGUUCCUUAUAUUGGUGGUGAGUGGGAAGAACGUUCCUUAUGUUG